AAACGCCGCCAGUGAAGUGGCGCCGCGGGCCCUGGAACCGCGGCGGCGCGGGGGGCGGCUGGAGCACUCACCUGGUCGGGGCACGCGGCCGGGACGUUCCCGGGCUUCUCCCCGGACGCCAGCCUCUGUCCCCGGAGCCCGAAGGCCGAGAAGAAGCCGCGGGGCCGCCACUCUCCGCGCCCGGCAUGGGCCCGCGCCGCCGGACCCGCAAGCCCGAAGUCCCGAGGAGGCGCACCGUGAGCCCGGCCCCCGGCCCCCCCCGGCGGGGCCCCUUAGGCACUCCCUCCCGUCAGCGUGGUCCCCGGAGAUCCCGGGUUCUGAAGGAGAUCCGAACGCUUCAGAAGAGCACAGCCCUGUUGAUAAGGAAGAGCCCCUUCAGCCGCCUGGCAAGAGAGAUAUGCAUUACAUUCACUCGCGGUGUGGACUUCUCUUGGCAAGCCCAGGCCCUGUUGGCCCUACAAGAGGCCGCAGAAGCAUUUCUAGUUCAUCUCUUUGAGGACGCCUAUCUUCUGUCCUUACAUGCCGGCCGUGUUACUCUCUUCCCGAAGGACGUGCAGCUGGCCAGGAGGAUCCGAGGCAUUCAGGAAGGGCUUGGCUGAGCCCCUGCCCCCAUCUCUGUAAGCCUUUCCUGCCCGCCGCAGAGAGAGCGCCCUUUGGGAAAGAAGCCCCCAGCCUCUCAUCCCUGCGAUGGGAGUUCCUCUGAAGGAAUUUCCAUCCGUGGUCCCUUGCUGUCUCACCUUCCCUUUGUUCUCUAGGAAAGGUCUGACUUGGUUUUAGCUUGAAUGCUUGGGGUUCUAUGGCUCCUGCCCUUUUGUACAAUGUUAAAUAAAAAUAUUUAUCUAUCUACUAAUGUCCAGACGACAUGAGUCUGUUAGAGUUCAGCCUCUGUCUUACAAGGACCAGAUGACUCAUUGUGAUUAAGAGAAGUUUUGCUUUUGAAAAUGCCUUGGUAGUAAAUGUGAUACCUGACUUCCAGGGAUGACACCAGAGCCUCUGUCUGGAGCCAAGGAACAGAUCCGUGGAGGGUAAGGAGGCGUCUGGACUCACUGUCCCUGAGCAGGGUGCAUGCAGCUUUUGUAACUGGUUCUUUCAAGGAGAAAACUGUAUGGCUUUCCUCUGUAACAGAGGUAAUAUAUGAGAAAAUCAACAGCAUUCCAAAGGACUGAGAAUUCUUUUUAGAUAAUGAGACUCCAAGGUUCGCUUCAGUUUGCAAAUGAUUCACAUGACCGCUGAAUGAUUUUGAAGACAUCAGACUUUCUGGGCUAUGGAAAAAAUGGAUAUUUGCUUAUUAUUUUAGAUCUUCCUGUACUGCUUACAUUUUUUGCCAUACGUAUAUUUACUUUUCUUUGAAACAUAAGGGAAAAAAAUAAAAGGCGACCACUUCGUUCAGUUGCACAGAAGAGCCUGGAACAUCUGCCCACAAAUCUGUCCUUCGGUUAAGCUCACCUGAGCGGCAGCAGAAAGUGAGGCAUGGACCGUGCCUGCCAACAACUGUGUAGCUUUUUAAAAAACUCAAUUGGGGUUAAAAUAGAAAAUCUUUAAGUCCUGAUGUUCUCGUUCCUUUGAGUAAAUUCCUGUCAAACUCAUUCAGAAAUUUGUAAAUCAUAGAUGACAUCAUGAUUUAUACUUUAGAAUUUUUCAUCCCGGGAUUUUAAAGUGCCUUUUCAAAGUUUUUACAGGUGUUUUUAUAACUUCUUUGUGGAGAGAUAAAAAAUAAGAAUAUUUCUUUGAUGAAAAAACUGUAAAGCAAAGUUGGUUACUGCACGUAGAUAUGCUACAUUUUUGGUGUGUUCAUGUUCGGUUCUCCAUUUGUACGCCAUGUUGCAAGCAGCCACCAUUUAAACAAGAGAAUGGAGGGAUGUGUUUUGGGCUCCAGUGGAGGAGAGUGUGAGCGGAUAAAAACCUUGCCCUUCUGUUGCAACCGAAAGCAGUUGAAGAGAUUUCCAGAGAAAUGGAAAGGGCCACUGGAAGACUUUUAGACUUUGCAUGUGAUGGAAAUGAUUAGUGAGGGUGGACCUCUGACAAUGAUGUGUCAGGUGACCCAAGUUCCAAGACGAAUGAAGGGAAGGACCAAGUUCUGUUGUUGAAUAAAUUUUAACCCUUUGGAAAAA